AUUUCAUUUAAAGUGUUCAUCGCAAUCAUAAUUAACGUGAAAUUUGCAAUGCCAGUUUUAUAUGGUACAGAUAAUAAGUGCUCGACAAAACUUAUCGUCGAUAAUAAUAACGGUUUGUGUUUAUUUCUGACAAAACAUCAAUUCCGAGUAGAAAUAUAAAUAUUAUGUAGAUAAACUACUGAUAACGUAUCAUCCGAGUCUAUUAUAUUCUACAAAUACCUACAUAGUGCGCACGACAAUUGAGUGUGGUUAACCGUAUUUUCUUUUUUGGUUUACUUGUGUUAAUCAAGUUAAAUUAAUAUGGCUGGUUACGGAUUUAAACAAGAAUAUCCAACACAUAAUUGUGAACAAUGUCAGAGGAACGUUACCAACUAUCCGUCACAACCUGCCACUUGCCCGCAUCAUUCCCAUAAUAGACCACCAUCAGGUUACCCUUCUUAUCCAGCACCUCCUGCGUAUAAUCCCUAUUACAAUGGAAACUCAGCGCCAAUGUAUCCACAACCACCAACAUAUCCACAGCCGCCAACAUAUCCCCAACCGCCAACAAAUUCAAAUUGGCCACCAACCCACCAUGGACCAUCUCAUUCAAGUUAUGCAAUCUGGGUGGACUGCUAUCUUCACAGUCCGAUGCCUAACUCUGCAGUCAGGGGUGGUACCGAUAUAGAUGGGCAACCAAUUUAUGUUGGUAGAGCCUUUCAUGAAGGUGAUUGGUUGCCGGCCAAAGUUAUUCCGGGACGACGCUGCUGUUAUGUUUCCUAUGAUGGAAAGGAAUAUGCUAAAACUAAUUUUCAGGUUUUAUCUCAUACAUCUGCACAUUGGGUUCCAGGAUUUGGUGGACAAGUGCCGCAUAAUGCAAUUGAAGGUGGUAGAACUGUUAAUGGCGAAAAGCUUUACAUCGGACGAGUUAUGCAUCAACAUUCCCAAACUGUGGGCAAGAUACAUCCAAGUCACAGAAAUUGUUAUAUACCAUUCGACGGAAGAGAAAUAGCAUAUGCCGCUUAUGAUGUAUUAGUUUCUAGGAACUAGUUUUUCUCUAUUUACAAAGACUUUCCAAUUAGUUUAGUAUAUGGUAUACAAAAAUUGCUACAAAAUAUUGUCAUAAAAUAAUACAAGUUAUUCAAUAUAAUAUGUGAGUUAGAUAUAUUAGAUGAUUUGUAUAAAUAAAUUAUUUUAAACA